AUGACAAAAUACGAACAACUCAAUACUUCUGAAAGUUCCCAUCAACCUAAAAACAAACGUAGCACCAAAGUAAACAUUUUAAUCGUUUUUUUAUUUCUAGCUAUAGGCAUAACUGUUUGGACAACAAUUCCUUCGUUGCUUUAUUUAGAAAAUACUACCAAUAUAAUUGAACAAUCGGAGCAAAUUCCUAUACCUACUACUACACCGGCCCCAAUAUCAACUCCUAUCGAAAAACCAAUACCUCCAAUGAGUAAAAGUAGAAAAGUUGUUGCAGCUUAUUUUACAUCAUGGAGUAUUUAUGCUCGAGCAUAUAAUGUUGUUGACAUGGACGCAAAUAAAUUAACUCAUAUUUUGUAUGCCUUUGCAAACCUAAAACCGGAUGGAGAAGUAUUUUUAGGCGAUGCUUGGGCUGAUACAGACAAACAUUUUGAUGAGGACUCUUGGAAUGAUGAAAAAAAAAAUCUUUAUGGAAACUUUAAACAAUUAGGAUUAUUAAAGAAAAAGAACAGAAAUCUCAAAGUUAGCUUAUCAAUUGGAGGUUGGUCAUGGUCAACACAUUUUCCGACCGUUGCUGCUAAUUCUGACUCGAGAGAAAAAUUUGUUACCUCCUCUAUUAAUUUACUCAAAGAUUUAGGCUUAGAUGGUUUAGAUGUUGAUUGGGAAUACCCUAAAAAUGAAGAAGACGCUAAGAAUUAUGUCAAGCUGUUAAAGGAGCUUAGAAAGGCAUUAGAUAAUUAUUCUCGAUCACGUAAUUCAUCAUACAAGUUUCUAUUGACUGCCGCGAUGCCAUGUGGUGAAGAUCAAUAUCGAAAAAUGAAUUUGAAGAAGAUGAAUAAAUAUCUUGACAUCUUUUAUCUUAUGGCGUAUGAUUUUCAGGGAUCUUGGUCAAGUAAGGCAGGUCAUCAAUCAAAUUUAUAUGGAGUCGAUUUGUCUACCGAUAAAGCUGUGAAAUAUUAUAUCGAUCAAGGAGUAGAUAAUGAUAAGAUAGUUCUUGGUAUGCCGAUGUAUGGUCGAGCAUUUCAAAACACAAAUGGCUUGGGUUCCUCAUAUAAUGGAGUUGGUGAAGGAAAUUGGGAACAAGGGAUAUAUGAUUAUAAGAAAUUGCCACUUCCAGGUUCAGUUGAAUACUUUGAUGACAAGAAAGUUGCUAGCUAUAGUUAUUGUGCAUCUAAAAAAGAAUUCAUUACCUAUGAUAGUCCACAAGUUGUCUAUCAAAAGACUGAUUAUAUUAAACGAAACGAUUUACGUGGAGUAAUGUUUUGGGAAAUAAGUGGUGACUUACCUACUUCUAAUGAACGUUCAUUGUUAUUAGCGGCAUAUCAUGGAUUAGGUGGUAAAGAUGCACUUGAUCAAAUUUCAAAUCAUUGUUUUUUCCCUGAUAGUAUCUAUGAAAAUGUUAGAAAUGGAUUUGAAUAA